UAUUACGAACAACUGCGACCGGUCCGCACGUGUAGUGAAUCUUCACAUACAAUUACCAAUUAAGUUUUAGCUCAUAAAGACGCCCCAGUUUGCAUUUAAAAAUAUAUAAAAAUGGCUGCUGCUAUUAAGAGGAUCAUCCCCAUGCUGGAUCGCAUUCUGGUGCAACGCGCUGAGGCGCUAACCAAAACGAAAGGCGGAAUCGUCUUGCCAGAAAAGUCAGUGGGCAAAGUUCUGGAGGGCACUGUUAUUGCCGUUGGCCCCGGCACCCGCAAUGUCACCACCGGCAGUCAUAUUCCAAUUGGCGUCAAGGAGGGCGAUCGCGUUCUGCUGCCAGAAUUCGGUGGCACCAAGGUCCAAUUAGACAGCGAUGAUAAGAAGGAGAUGUUCCUUUUCCGCGAGUCGGAUAUCUUGGCCAAAUUGGAAUAAGCGGCUAACAAGCAAUUCUAUGAAUUCUAUGUUUUCUAUUUAGUAUGUUAAGCCCAUUCAAUAAAAAUUCAAUGCAAUGUUAUUGUUUGCAUGACCCAAAAAUAAAACUAGCAUCAUUGGUUAAUAUAUAAAACUAUAUAUACAUAUAUAUGAAUGUAAAUUGAAUAAACAACACUUAAACUAA